AUGAACGGUCACGCGAACGGCCACGCGCCCGGGUCCGCGGAGACACACGUCGACGUCGCCAUCAUCGGGGCCGGCAUCUCAGGCAUCAACGCCGCCUAUCGAGUGCAGACGAGCCUGCCAGCAUACUCGUACACCAUCCUCGAGGCCCGGGGCGCCAUUGGAGGAACGUGGGAUCUCUUCCGCUACCCAGGCAUCCGCUCCGAUUCGGAUCUCUACACCUUCGGAUUCUCGUGGCAUCCGUGGAACAAGGACAAUCCCAUCGCUGAUGGCGCCUCCAUCUCCAAGUAUAUGCGAGACACUGCCGCGAAGUACGGCAUCGACCGCCAUAUCCGGUUCCACCAUCGUCUGGUUGCGGCUGACUGGUCCUCUGACAAGCGGUCGUGGACGCUGACUGUGGAGGCAGACGGGCAGACACGGUAUUUCCAGGCGCGGUUCAUCAUCUUUGGGACUGGAUACUAUGACUACAACGAGCCUCUGCAGACCGUGAUCCCUGGUCUGGAGCGAUUCAAGGGCCGCACCGUGCACCCGCAAUUCUGGCCCGAGGACCUCGACUAUACCGACAAGAAGGUGGUGGUGAUUGGCAGCGGCGCGACCGCUGUGACCCUGGUGCCAGAGCUGGCAAAGAAGGCUGCUCGCGCGACCAUGUUGCAGCGCAGCCCGACCUAUAUCAUGACCCUUCCCAACAGGUCUCGAGGAUGGUUCAGCUGGCUGCUGCCAUCCGUGAUCCAGCACAAGCUCAAGCGCAUCGGAUGGAUCCUCACCUCGCGUCUGUUCUUCCUGUUCUGCCAGAACUUCCCCAAUGUGGCUAGAUGGGUGCUGCGCCGACACACCAUGAGGCAAUUGCCCGCGCACAUCCCCCACGAUCCUCAUUUCAAGCCGCGGUAUAAUCCCUGGGACCAGCGGCUGUGCGUCUGCCCGGACGGGGAUUUCUACGAAGCCCUGCGGUCGGGUCGCGCAGACGUCAAGACCGACACGAUCCGGACCGUGACGGAGCAUGGCAUUGACCUCAACUCGGGGGAGACGUUGGAGGCGGACAUCAUCGUCACGGCGACGGGGCUCAAGCUGCUGAUUGCGGGAGGGGCGAAGAUCAUCGUCGACGGCGAGAAGAUCGACAUCUCGGACAAGUACCUCUGGAACGGGGUGAUGCUGCAGGAUGUGCCGAAUGCGGCUUAUGUGAUUGGGUACACGAACGCGUCGUGGACGCUGGGCGCCGAUGCCACGGCGCUGCUCGUCUGCCGUCUUCUCAAGUACAUGGAGCGAAGGAACAUUGUCGCUGCGAUCCCGCGCGUGGACGAUCCGACCAAGCUCAAGCCGCAGAAGCUGCUGAACCUGAACUCGACGUACAUCUCGGUCGCGGAGAAGUCCCUGCCCAAGGCGGCUCAGGUGUCGCCGUGGCUGCCGCGGGGCCAUUACAUCAGUGAUCUAUUCAAAGCGUUGUUUGGACGGCUGGACACGGGGUUGGAGUUGGUGACGGGGCCAGCACGGCGUUGA